UUUAAUUUGGGAAAAUAAUGUAGUUAGCCAACGGGUCAAACUGAAUGCGCUCACACUCUGAGCUGGAGUUUCCUUUAAAAUAGAAUUCCUCAGAUUUUUGUUCAGUUUAGUUUAAAUUAAAAGCAAGACUUCUGUUAAACGUGUACAACGAUCUCCCCAGGGGAGAAGCUAGUUAGCAGUGUUAUAUCCUCCCGGUAACUGGGAUUAGCUAACGUUAGCUGUUUGGCUAACACGCUAAUAACAAUAACAAGGCACUGGAGCUGCCUGUUACCUAGGUGCUGUUAGCGUUAUUUAACCACAUGUAUUAGAUGGUGGAUAAUGUUCCUCUUUCCCCCAUUUCCAAUAUUAAAAUGAAUCCCUAAUGCACAAUAGUAAAUAUUAGCUGCCUAACGCUUAAUGUACGGCUCUAACUUUAUUAUUUCAGACAUUCGGAAAUAUGGCUGAGUCCAUGAUUGAAGUCACUGUGAAGACUCUGGACUCCCAGAGCAGGGGCUACAAGGUCAAAGGCGAGCUGACAGUGAAACAGUUCAAGGAACACAUAGCAUCCUCAGUGGAGAUUCCAGUGGACAAGCAGAGGCUCAUCUACCAAGGCAGAGUGCUGCAGGACGACAAGACGCUAACUGGAUACAAUGUAGAUGGGAAGGUAAUCCACCUGGUGGAGCGUGCCCCACCUCAAGCCACCAUGCCUGGUUCUGGGGGUGCAGGCGUUUCCACCGGGGGGGCAGAGGGAGCAAGCAGCAGCCAUGCCUCUACCUCCUCCCAGGGUGCACCAAACGACCGCAACAGCUACGUGAUGCUGGGGACCUUCAACCUGCCCGUCAACAUCUUGGACCCUCAGCAGAUACAGAUGUCUGUUCAGCAGAUGAUGGCUGGAGUCGGUGAAGCUAGGAGGAAUGCCAGGGUCAGCACCAGCUCUGGGAGCAAUGGCACGGUGGAUGUGCAGAUCAACUUGGAGCAGUCAGUGCAGAGUGAGCCCAGGAUGAGGUUGCAGCUGGCUGAGAACCUGCUCAGAGACGCUUGCUCUCUCAUCCACAGGCUGGAGGGAGUGUCCAGUGACAGCAGCUCCCAUUCACAGCCAGAGGUACCUCAGUCCUCUUCCUCCCCACUGCCCUCCUCCUUUGUUAGAGCAGCUGGAGCAUCACAACUCAUGGACACCAGCUCUCCUCCUGCUCCAUCAUCCUCCACCUCCACACAGACGGAGGGACCAGCCAACACUGGGCCCAAUCACCCGAGUCCAGCAGAGUUUGUGGAGGUUCUCUUUGAGGUCAGGAGGGUGGAGGAGAGGUUACGUCCCUUCAUAGAGAGGACCCAAUCCAUUCUCGUUGCAGCCACCUUAGCAGACUAUAACAACAACACUCAGGAAAGAGAGGAGGAUCAGUGCAUUCUCAACCUGGUCGGAGAGGCUCUGCAUCUCCUUGGCAACAGCUUAGUUGUCCUCGGUGACCUACGCUGUAACCUGGCGACCUCCCCUCCACGUCACCUGUCAGUGGUUCGUCCAAUGGCCCACUACACGCACCCGGUCCUGCUCCAGGCUGGUCUGCCACACAUUCCCAUUCCAAUAAACUUAGGGACAACAGUGACCAUGACAUCUAAUGGGAGACAGGCAGCUGAAGGACAACGCCAGCCCUCUCAUGGCACUGGCCAAUCAGAUCAGCCGGCUACAGGUCAUCAACAAGGACAGGGAGGACCCCGUGUAAUCCGUAUCACCCACCAGACCAUGGAACCUGUCGUCAUAAUGCAGAUGAACAUUGAUGGCGAGUCAGCUGCUGGGUCUCAGGUUCCAGGACAGCCAAAUACUGCAGGUACUGGACAGCCUGGACUGCCCCCUGCCCACCUCCCAGGACUGCCCCCUGCCCACCUCCCAGGACUGCCCCCUGCCCACCUUCCAGGACUGCCCCCUGAGUUCAUGCAGGCCAUUGUGCACCAGGUCUCCCACCAGGCCGCUGCAGCCUCAGCAGGUCAGCCAGCACAGAUGGUGUCUCUCCCUGGAUCAACACUCAGCACGGAGGGAACUGCUUCCCCACAGCCCCCCCACCCUGCUCAGGCAAGGGUUGUCAUCACCAGACCAUCCUUCAACCCCCGCAUUCCUCAGCCUGUGGGAACCAGGGGAACCACCAUCAACCUGAGGGCCACAGUACCCACAGCUGGUCAGCAGCCAGGACAGGCCACUGCCCUGCCCCCCCCCUCCCUCACACAGAUGAUCAGUGGUAUGGUCGGACAGCUCCUGAUGCCGGGACAGCCAGGUGAUCCUGUAUCCACGUCCUCUUCGUCCUCCUUCUCUACCUCCUCCUUGUCUGAUUCUUCCACCACGUCUCCUCCCCCUCCCUCUGCCAACACCUCCGGACAGACAUCCACCCACACCACCAAUACUACCUCCAUAGGCCAACCAGCAGAGGGCAGCCCUGAGGGAAAUCUGGCCCAGCUUUUGGGCUCACUGCUGGGAGGAGCACUGGGCCGGGGGGGUCCCGGAUCUGGACCAGCUCCCUCCAUCACUGUGACUCUGCCGGGGGUGCCCAGCUUCUUCCAAGGCCUGUCGGACUUCACACCGCCAGCUGCCAGUGGUCCUGGUGCCCCGAUUCCCCCUCAGGCCACCAGUCCGGCCCCCCCACAGGCCGGCAGCAAUGCAGGUGGAAACUAUCUGAGCCCGGAGCUGUUCACUGGUAUUGUGCAGGGAGUGCUGUCCACCAUGAUGAGCUCUCUCGGGGCACAGCAGGGCACCGGGGAGAGCAUCGCUCAGUUCAUCCAGAGACUGUCUCAGACCAGCAACCUGUUCACUCCUGGCUCUGGAGACGCUGUGGGGUUCUUUGGUGACCUGCUGUCCCUGGUGUGUCAGAGCUUCUCCAUGGUGGACAUGGUGCUGCUGCUUCAUGGGAACGCUCAGCCUCUGAGCCGCAUCCAGCCCCAGCUCACUGACUUCUUCACUGAACACUACCUGCAGGGCAGAGAGCCCACUGAUGCUAACAUAGCUACAGCAGCUGAGGACCUCAUCAAUGGAUUGGAGGAGUACAUAGCUGAGAGUUUUGCCACAGUGACAGUGCGAGUGGGAGUGGACAUCGUUCAGACCAACCUAUCUUUCCUCAGACAGCAGUUCACACAGAUGGCCUCACACAUCCUGCACCACAACGAUCACACGUUUGGCCCCCGCCUGCUGUUGCUGUUCACUCAGGGCCUGUUUGAGUGUCUGGCUCUGAACCUGUACUGCCUCGGAGGAGAGCAGAGAUCUCUGACCGCUGUCAUCAACCACCGCAUUGUUAAAGGAUGUCUGCAGAAGUCAGCCAGCCUGGUCAACUGGCUGACCAGUAUGAUGUCUAUGAGGCUGCAUGUCAUUCUCGAGCACAACCCAGUUACUGAGGACCAAAUCCAGUGCUACAUCAUAUAUACACAGAUGGAGGAGAGUUUGUCUCCGGCUCCAGCCAACACAGCAGAGGAGGCCGUGGUUUCAUCAGGUGGCAGCAGAGAGAGGCGAGCGUCUCCUGGAGACAACACUGCCUCAUCAGGGGGCACUCAGUGUGCUGCUGGAGCCCCAACAGGACGGGAGGAACCAUGGACAGCAGCUGUUCCAGCCGAAUGGGUUCCCAUCAUCAGACAUGACAUGCUGUCUCAGAGGAAGAUCAAAGCCCAGCCUCCGCUGUCUGACGCCUACCUGCACAGUAUGCCGGCCAAGAGGAGGAAGACGACACAGUGUGAAGGACCACACCUGUCCCUGUCGGACGCAGUGAGUCGAGCAGCUCGUGCAGCAGGAGCCCUGCCUGUCACUGCCCCAGAGAGCCUGCAGGGGGAGCUGGAGAGGCCCGAGCUUCAGGAAGCAUACACCAAACAGGUAAAGAGUGACAUCAAAGAGCGAGUGAGAGACUAUGCAGACUACAACGCCCAGCGAUUCCCCAACACACACCAAGCUUUCUCUAUAGAACACUCCUAAUCGUGCAGUCCUGUGCCACAGAGGCCAGGUCCAGAACAGGAUCUGUACACACUACCUGAAGCAUGGCAGUUUCCACACUAUUGUGGUAACAUCCCAUUGUAAACAUGGCCUGAAAGGACAACAGCUGCUGACUGCAGUGAAUGAUUCCUCCUCUCCUGCUGUAGAGUGUGACAUCACCUGCUGUAGUUGGUAAGAAUGGAAAACCCUCCAGACUGUGGACCCUCCAUGGCACAUGGUUUGAGGCACUGUGAGCUACUUGAGUCACCUCAUGCUAAAAUAUUCCCUUUGCUCUUGGAGACCUGAGACACUAAUGAUGUGUCAGAGUACUGAACACUGAAACCACACCUGACUGGGCCACAGGAACAUAAAUGUAAUGUACUAUGGGUUAAAGCAGUCUGAGCAUUAUAGCAUGGGGUACCACAGGUUAUUGGGGCCACAUGAAGGAAAAAAAGAAUCAACAAUUGAGUUGCAAAGAAAAUGAGAUAUUAUCAGAAUAAAGUUGUAAUGUCGCAAAGUCAAAGUCAGAAUACUCUGAGAAAAGUCAGAAAACGAUGAACGAAGUAACAUUGUUACAAAGAAAAAAAUAUCAUGACAAACUUUGAAUUUAAAUUAAAAACAAUUAUAUUUCAUUUUUCAAGUAUUAAUCUAAAAUAUUAUGAGAAAAUACUCAUUUUCCAUCGGAGUAAACAGUGGUCAAAAGUCAUUUGCAAGCAGAAUAGUAGCUACCCAAUGUAAUCAUAGGAAGUUUGGUGAUCUUUGCAACCAUUUUCUUGAAUAUUAUGAUAUUAUUCUCAUAUCAUAACCUCGUAUCAUAAAAAUGGCUUCAUUCUCAUUUGAAGAUGACUUUAUCCUCAGUAUCUGUGGUCCUGAGAAGUUCGACCCUAAACUACAAAUGUAGUUGCAUUAUAUAUCUGUACAAGGAAAAAAUGAAAAUGAGUGCAAAUUGUACAGUAAAUGUGCAGAGAUGUCAGAGCUUUGUCGGUGUCGAUCAGGUGAGUAAUGUUGCUUGCCUUGGCAUCAGAUGACUUUAGAUAUCACAAUGAAACACAGAUGAAUAGUUCAUGUUUGUAUUUUAGGGCUUUGUCUUCAUCAUUGACACUGGUGUCUAUAAACCGGAACAAUUGUGCAUUUUGUGAUAAAGAUGUAGAUUCCUGUGUUCUCUGAGCUCGUCUUGUAAGCGUGCAGGUGCAUCAACGGUGGCACGAAGUGCUGCAAAUGCAAAGUGGCAUCUCUGGCUUGCACAGCGCUGUGUUUUUGUGAAAGGGAGUGAACAAUUGUAAACGAUGGGCUGGAGAACGGUCAUUCUCUUGUUACUAUGAGUGGCCGGAUUAAUUGAUUUGUUAAUUGGAUUACUUUGUUCCCAGUAACCCGUCUCCUCACUUCUUGUAUCCUGCUGUAACCGUUUGUUUUCUUAUAUUAAACAAACAUAAAUACA